AGGAGCGGCGGCGGAGCGCCGAGCCGCCGGGCACCGAGGGCGUCGGGCCGCCCCUGCCCAGUCCUCGCAGGCCGCCAGGCCCCCCUCCAGCCGGGGCCGUGGAGCACCGGGGCAAAGGCCGGGGCCCCCCCAUGAAGGAGCGCGACUCGGCCCCGGCCGAGCGGGGCAAGCCGGCCACCUACACCGGGGACAAGAAGGCGAAGAUGGCGGCCAAGACCAACAAGAAGUGGGUCCGGCUCGCCACCGUGUUCGCCUACGUGCUCUCCGUGUCGCUGGCCGCCAUCGUGCUCGCCGUCUACUACAGCCUCAUCUGGCAGCCGGUGGGCGCCGGGACCUCGGGCGGAGCCUCCGGCCCGCCCCCCGGCGGCUCCAACGCCACCGGCCCGUCGGGGACUUCGGGGGCGGCGGCGGCGGCGGGGCCCAACACCACCCGGUCGUCCCGCCGCGAGGCGCCGCGCGCCGCGCCCCCGCUGCAGGCUGUGCGGCCCGCGCCUCCGGAGCCCCCUGCAGGCGAUGCCCCGGCCGGACCGCUCGAGCGGCCGCGGGGCCAGGACGAGGACCCGGAGGAUGAGGAGGAGGCGGCGGCGGCGGCGCCUGGGAGUCGAUGAGCCCCUCCGCGCUGGGGGCGGCGGGGAACUACCCUCUGCAAGCCCGGAGGCUAGACUUGGCGGCCGGACGGGGCGGGGAGCCCGUGGGAGUGCCCCCCGCAACCCCACGAUCGCCCACUCAGCCCAAGAGCCGGCGGCCCGCAGCCCGAUCUUAAACAGCCACGGGACCACGAUUCGCCGGGGGCUCAGGCUUUGGUCUUCCGAGGACCGUUCUGCUGCGCCAGGGCCUUGAGCCAUAAGGGGGAUGGGGUGAGGGGUGGGGAUCCCAGCGAGGAACCCUUAUGUGCCGCUCGCUCGCUCUGGUGUACCCUACGCGCAGGGGUGCCUCGGGCUUUCCCCUCAAGACUCAGGGGAAGGAGAGAGCUGUUGGCUCCCUUUUUUUUUUUUUUUUAUUUUAAUAUAAGCUGAAGCUCUCGCCAGGAGGAGGGCACCAAAAGUAGUGGAGCUCAGGUACGUCAAACCUAGUUGCAGUGGCCAGAGAUGCAUUUAAUUUAUAGAUCCCUGUAUAUAGUUGUCGACAUAUGCACUAGCAGAUGUAAUCACAUAGAAGCGCAGGACCCCGCCCCCACCCUGGGUAGCUACCAACUGAUGGGGUCACGCCAGGGCGGGUCGCUGGGCCCCAAAGUGCACCUAGCCAGAAGGGCACAGAGACGGCUCCUGUCAUCGCCCCUCUUCUCCCUGCCCCACCCUGUUAUUUCAGAGAGAGAGAGAGGUUUACGGCUUUCUUCCACAAAAGCUGUAUUGGUUCUCAGACUGUGGACAACCUUAGCUGUGAGAGCCGGGCCAGGGCGCUGAGGGCCGGGGCGCUGGGGACGCACUGAUACCCUGCUCUUCCCGCCCCAGCCCCCACACCACAGUGGCUUCCUGCUGGGGCCCCAAGUGUCUGGAUGCGGGCCAGGGAGGAUGGCAGGGAAGAUCCGUGCCGCCGGCUGCCACGGCCACCCUCCCCUCUCGGAGGUCUUUUAGAAGAGCAGGCUUUUCUAAGGAGAGUGGCCGGCGGCAAGUGUGUGUGUGUUUUCCUGCUCCUCAAGCUCCUCCCUCUCAAUCUUGAAUUUCUCCCCUUCCUCAAGCUCUCAUCUGAUUCACCUUCGCGCUCCCUGUUCCUUGAGCCGGUAGUGACAAAGCAGCCCUGCCCCUGGGACAACACCAGCGCUUUGAUGGGGUCCUCCAGCUGUAGGACUGGGGGAGGCCAGGGGCGAGCUUCCGUAGCCCAGCCAGGCCAAGGCUGAAUGCUGCCUGCAGCCGCGCAGAGGGGCGGCAAGGAAAUGACGGGCGAUCAGCUCUGGGGCAGCAGAGUGGUUCUUCCUCUGUGGAUCCCACUUCCUCCCGCUCUUGCAGUUGGGCAGUAGAGUGUGGGUAGUGACAAGAUAGCAAGCCCUCUGGUGUUUCCUUUUUGGGAAAUGCACUGGCUUUUUUUUUUUUUUUUUUUUUU